AUGGGGACCGGGAUUGUGUCCAUCUUGCUGUACAAUCUCCCAUAUAACGGCAUUUGGCUAUACUGGAUUUCAGUUGGCAUCUUCGGACUGAACAUUGUCCUAUUCGGCAUCGCGUUGGUCAUCACUAUCUUGCGAUACGCCCUCUAUCCCGAGAUUUGGACAGUGAUGGUCAAUGAGCCGUUUCAGUCCAUGUUCAUCGGGACAUUUCCCAUGGGCUUUUCAACGAUCAUCAACAUGAUGAUAAGUGUUUGUUCUCCUGCUUGGGGCUCCUGGGUUACCAUUGUUGCAUGGGCUUUUUGGAUCGCUGAUUCAGUGGUUGCAGCGCUUUGCGCAUUGUGUUUGCCUUUCCUUCUAAUGAUACCAGGGAGACAGAUUGAAUUGCAAUCCGUGACUGCAGUAUGGCUGCUACCAGUCAUCAGUACGAUUGUUGCGGCAGCCACGGGCUCCGUGGUUGCCAGCGCCCUUCCCGAUCCUCAGAUGGCGCUCUGGACAAUAAUUUCUAGCUACAUCCUAUGGGGCAUGGGCAUUUGCCUUGCAAUGAUGAUCCUGGUGAUUUACUUUCAACGCCUGGCAUUACACAAGAUCCCUGCGAGGAACGUGAUUGUUAGCGUUUGUCUGCCACUAGGUCCGAUGGGACAGGGAGCGUUUACGUAG